AGACGGCUUACAUGUUUGAAGGACCGUAUCAUGCAUCGAUGACUAUCCUUGGAUUCAAACAGAAGCCUUGCAACCUUUGGCGCGACCAUUAUUGUUAUUAUUUUACUGUAGGUUUCUAAUGAAAACAAGGACAAAAGGUACAAUAACGCGUUAUUGCCAAUUGGCUUUUUAACGUUUCAAAAACACGUGCAGUGGCCCUUUGUUCUCUUGUACUAUUUAAAUACUUAUUGAAGGCUUGCAUUGCUCCUUCUUACAGUGACCACAACGCCUAUCGACUGAAUCCGCCCUCUACUCCCAUGUCUUCUACCACUACCAUCCAAAGCAGCUUUCCUACCGAACUCGUCGAGGAAAUCCUUGACCACGUUGAUCGUCUUCCCGUCAAAGACAUCCAAAGUCUUCUUAGCCACUCGUCAGCGGGAUUCAAAGGUGGGCGUGUCGCCACUCUAGCGUCCUGCUCAUUGGUCUCCCGAGCCUGGCUCCCACGCAGUCGAUUUCAUCUCUUCAAAUCCAUCAAUGUUACGCCCGAAAACUACGCGUCUUUCUUUGCGCUUAUCGCCACUCCAGGCUGCACCUUCUUGCAUUCCGUCCAUGAACUGUUCCUCUCCGACGAAUACAGAGAUGGAACUAUAUACAGCGGAUGCACAGACCCGGAGGGUGAUGACUAUUGGCUGCAUAAAGUUCUACCCGACCUCGCUUUCUCCAUGUUCGCGAACAUCGAGCGGCUGAUGAUCCAUGCUGCUAGGUUUGACUAUAUGUCGGAGGAGGGCUUUGCGCAGAUGCUCAUCCACCUAUCCGGCCCCACCACUAUCACGCACCUGGCUCUCAGAUACUACGUGUUCCCUACACAGAAUCACUUGAUCCAGGCGUUGUCGGUUAAAUCGUUGGAAUCCGUUUACCUGAUGUGCCCCACCCUCAGAAUAAUCCCGGAGCGGGAAGACCUGACUCGAUCCCCAAUCCCUGCACUCUCCCCGUCAUUGUCGUCGUUGAUGAUCAACAUUGACAGUGCUAUGAAUAUCGUUUGGAUGGCCAGACUUAUAUCCAUAACGGGCGCGUCGCUCAAGCAUUUGAGCAUAGCCUUAUGGGCCAGGAUGGUCACGUGGGACAAGUGUAUGGACGAGUUCUACGACGCCCUCAAUUUUGACUGCCACCCAAACCUCGAGACUAUUGCACAGAUCAUUUUAACCCUCUCCGACACCCGUUCGGGUUUAGAAGAUCCGGAAGAUCUGGAUUCCGUCGAUUGGGCAUCGAUAAGCGAGGUUUUGAGCGAGAAAAACUAUUCGGAUCUGGAGAGUAUUUCUGUGCUCAGAGUGGAUUAUCAUCUGUUGGACAAGGCGAUGCGUAUCAUCGCGAAUAGGAUGAAAGGAUCGCUGGUCAAAAAUCCGUCAUUAGGUGUCGAGGUUUGGUACCACAGGGAGGCAGUUACGUUCCCGCUUUUUGGAUGGUAGUCAAUUCUAAAUACAUAUUUUUCUAUGGGCCACGCCAUCCACAUCAUUACCACAUGAGCGUGUGGAGACCAGUCGGCAUUCUCUUUCGCCUUCUCCUUGUCAACGCCUUGAACGUUCCUUGCACUAAUAUCCGACGUGUCCCCUUCCCAAGGAUGCCA